GUCUUGCUUUACGUCUUGUGUCAAACAGUAACACGACCCGUGACACUGAUGGUCGUGUGGAGGUGUACCAUGGUGACCAAUGGGGGACUAUAUGUGAUGAUUACUGGAGCUAUCCUGAUGCUGUUGUAGUAUGUAAGCAAUUAGGAUACCCUACUGCAUUGGACUCUUACUCAUAUGCUCAUUUUGGUGCUGGUACUGGUACUAUAUGGAUGGAUAAUGUCCAGUGUAAUGGUAAUGAGACUAGUAUUGGACAGUGUAAGUUUAAUGGCUGGGGUAAUCAUAACUGUGGACACUAUGAAGAUGCUGGAGUUAGUUGUGCACCUGGUAAGUUCAUAAACAAUGUAGUAGCUGUUUUAUAUGUAAUGAUACAACCAUGGCUUCCCACAAAGCAAUCUAAAUGA